ACAUUCUCAUAACUUCAAUAUGUCAAUGGUUAUUUUUCUUUAUUUAAAAAUUUUCCGUUUCUAGAAACGUGGUUUAUAUUGUAAUUAAAAAAGUGUCAUUUAUGAACAACCUUCCUUUUUUUGUAUAUCAAUCUAAAAAGGACAACUAUGCUUAAAUUGAAAUUACUGACAGUUUCUCGACCUCGAGUAACAGUUAAUCGGUUAUUUACCAAAAAUUAUUUGUGUCAGCGUCAAAAAGAUUUACCGGUUAGACUUCGAGUUGCAUCAGAUUCAAGACAAUUAAAUUGGAGCACAUCAAGAGAGAGAAUUCGAGGAUACAGUCAAAGUUCGGUAAUUAUUUCGACGAGAGCAUUUUCCACCAAGAAGCCUUCUGACAAAAGUCCAGCGAGUGCCAGUGAGGAUGGCGAACAAUCGGAUGAAUAUCCUGCCACUUUGCCAGCGACUGUGGUUGUUCCAGAAAUUUGGCCCAACGUUCCAGUUAUAGCAAUUAAUAGACAUCCGGUGUUUCCUCGUUUUGUGAAACUUAUUGAAAUAACGAAUCCAAUUCUUAUUGAUUUAAUUAGACGAAAGGUGAAAUUGAAUCAACCGUAUAUUGGGAUUUUCUUAAAGAAGAACGAAGAAAAUGAUUCGGAAGUGGUUCAGAAUUUAGAUGACGUUUAUUCAAUUGGAACAUUUGCACAAAUUCACGAAGCUCAAGACUUGGGAGAUCGAUUGAAACUCGUUGUAAUGGCACAUAGACGAAUUAAAAUUGUAGGUCAAAUUCUAGAGGAAUUAACUCCCAAGGCUACAAAACAUGAGAUGAAACUGACGUUUCCUAUAUUAAAUACAACAAUUACCGUUCCUGUAGACGAUACAAUGAGCGGCGGUGGUAAUAAGAAAACUCGUAGGUCUAUUGUGCGAAAAAAAUUUGAGCAGAAACCUCCCGAUGAAGUGAAACCAGAGUCUUCUGAAGAAACUAAUUCCGAAGUAGUCGAAGCAGAAGAUAAAUCAAUUGACAAAGGGGAGAAAAUAAAUCCAGAUAAUGCUGUGCAACCAUUCUUAAUGGCCGAAGUUGUAAAUAUUACACACGAAAAAUUCAGACAAACCGAGGAAAUUAAGGCGUUAACACAAGAAUUAAUCAAAACUAUUAGAGAUAUUAUCAGCAUGAAUCCUUUAUAUCGUGAAUCUCUACAACAAAUGUUACAUCAAGGACAAAGAGUGGUUGACAAUCCAGUUUAUCUCAGUGAUUUGGGAGCUGCUUUAACAGGCGCUGAUGCUCAAGAACUCCAGCAGGUCCUCGAAGAAAUGGAUAUUCUUAAAAGACUUCGAUUGUCUUUAGCGCUUUUGAAAAAAGAAUAUGACCUUUGCAAACUUCAACAAAAAAUUGGCAGAGAAGUUGAGGAGAAAGUGAAGCAGCAACAUAGAAAGUAUAUACUUCACGAGCAAAUGAAAGCAAUAAAGAAGGAAUUGGGACUUGAGAAAGACGACAAGGAUGCAAUUGAAGAAAAGUUUAGAGAGAGAAUUCGUCAGAAAGUGGUUCCAAAACCUGUAAUGGAUGUCCUCGAAGAGGAAUUAAAUAAAUUGAGUUUCUUGGAAAGUCAUAGCAGUGAAUUCAAUGUGACAAGAAAUUAUUUGGAUUGGCUAACUUCUAUGCCUUGGGGUGUGACAAGUCCGGAAAAUUUAAAUCUAGAACGAGCUAUUGAGAUUUUAAAUAAUGAUCAUUAUGGAAUGGAUGAUGUCAAGAAAUUAAUACAUGAAUUUAUUGCCGUCAGUCAAUUGAAGGGAUCGACCCAAGGAACAAUUUUAUGCUUUCACGGUCCACCUGGAGUGGGAAAAACUUCAAUUGCAAAGUCAAUAUCAAAAGCCUUAAAUAGAGAGUAUUUUCGAUUCAGUGUUGGAGGUAUGACCGACGUUGCUGAAAUUAAAGGCCACAGAAGAACUUACGUAGGCGCAAUGCCUGGAAAAGUGAUCCAGUGUUUGAAAAAAACAAAAACAGAAAAUCCUCUAAUCUUAAUUGACGAGGUUGACAAGAUUGGAAAAGGUCAUCAAGGAGAUCCAGCGUCAGCCCUUCUAGAAUUAUUGGAUCCAGAGCAGAAUGCCAACUUUUUGGAUCACUAUCUUGACGUUGCUGUUGAUUUAUCGAAAGUUCUCUUCAUAUGCACAGCAAAUGUCAUUGACACAAUUCCAGGACCUCUCAGAGACAGAAUGGAAUUAAUCGAAAUGUCCGGAUAUGUCGCCGAAGAGAAACUUGCAAUAGCUCAACAAUAUUUAGUACCGCAAGCAAUGAAAGACUCUGGUCUUUCGAAAGAACAAAUAUUAAUUAACGACGACGCCUUAAAUUCACUGAUCAAAUCUUAUUGUCGAGAGUCUGGUGUUAGAAAUUUACAGAAAUACAUCGGUAAAGUGCAUAGGAAUGUGGCUUAUAAAAUUGUGACGAAGGAAGCUGAGAAAAUAGACGUUCUGUGCGAUAAUCUUCAGGACUUUGUGGGAAAACCAUUAUUUAUGCAUGACCGGAUGUAUGAAAUUACGCCUCCCGGUGUGGUUAUGGGACUUGCUUGGACGGCAAUGGGAGGAUCGACUCUUUUCAUAGAGACAAAAACGAAAUUCAUGGAGACGUCGAAAAAAUAUAAGGGUUCUUUGAAUUACACUGGACAUCUUGGCGAUGUGAUGAAGGAGUCAAUUAAUAUUUCAAAAAUUGUCGCAGAAAGCUUUUUGAAUUCAAUUGAUUCGGGUAAUGAAUUUUUCCAACAUGCGCAUCUUCAUUUACACGUUCCCGAGGGUGCGACUCCUAAAGAUGGACCUAGUGCUGGUGUCACUAUUGCAACGGCUCUUGUUUCUCUCGCAAAGAAUCAGGCAAUCAGACAGGAUCUUGCCAUGACUGGCGAACUGAGUUUAAUUGGAAAAGUUCUUCCAGUUGGAGGGAUUAAAGAAAAAACAAUUGCUGCAAAACGUGUUGGAGCUAAAUGUAUAAUUUUGCCAGAAGGAAAUGAGAGAGAUUUUAAUAAUCUUCCAAAAUAUAUCACAGAGGGACUCGAGGUGCAUUUUGUGUCUUCCUUUAAAGAAGUGUACAGGAUAUGCUUUGAAGAUAAUGCCAACCAAACUCAACAAUCACCCCUUUCUUCCGAAUCAGAAAGAACUUAAAUAAAUUUAAUAACUUUCAAUAGAAAUUGAAAAUUUAUCAUCAAGAUUGUUACUUUUUUUAUAUAAGUUGAAAACACUUUUAAUUCUAUUCUUUUUAAAGUACAUUUAUAUACAUAUGUAUAUAUAAACAAAUAGCAAUUCUGAUAAAGUUGUUUACAUUGUAAA